AAAGACCACAUACAGCUGUUACAGGUUCAGCCGUACCUUGGUAUGACGGCUGAACUGGACUUCAUGUGUGCAGUGAGCCGCGUUGAUUGUAACUUAUAACAAAUAUGAACUUGUUUACUUUAGCGACUGCAAGGUGUGGACUGGACGCCUGUGUGAGACGGUGAGCUGAGCCUGUGGCCAGACGAGACGAGACCUUUAAGUACAUACCUUUGGAUUUCUCGGUCACGUGACCCGCUAUCCACAACCUGCCUCCUCGCAGCCAGCCGUCCGCGCUCACCAUUGAAAAAACCCAACAGGAUGGCAGAGGCUCCCGUGUCAUGUGACUGUUUUGUUUCCUUGCCCCCCGGCUCCCGCGAUGACCAUGUGAUCUUCGGGAAGAACUCCGACCGGCCCCGGGAGGAGGUGCAGGAGGUGGCUCACUACCCUGCAGCAUCUCACCCUCCAGGCUCCAUGCAGGAGUGCACAUACAUCCAGAUCCCUCAGGUGGAGCACACUCACGCUGUCAUCCUCAGCAAGCCUGCCUGGAUGUGGGGGGCUGAAAUGGGAGCCAACGACCAGGGAGUGUGUAUUGGGAAUGAGGCUGUCUGGACCCGAGAGCCCGUCAGCCCCGGUGAGGCUCUGCUAGGCAUGGACCUUGUCCGACUGGGGUUGGAACGUGGUGACAGUGCCUGGGCAGCGCUCACGGUGAUCACCAGCCUCCUGGAGCAGCAUGGUCAAGGGGGGCCGUGCAGGGAGGAUCCUGAGCCCUUCAGCUACCACAACACCUUCCUCCUGGUGGACCGCAACGAGGCCUGGGUCCUGGAAACAGCUGGAAGGCUGUGGGCGGCACAGAAGGUCACAGAGGGUGUGAAGAACAUCUCCAACCAGCUGACCAUCGGUGCUGAGGUCUCGGCAGAGCACCCAGAGCUGCGGAGCGUUGCCCAGGCUCAGGGCUGGUGGGACGGUGAAGGAGAGUUCAACUUUUCACGGGUGUUCAGCCCAGAGAACCCUCCUGCCAGGAUGGAGCUGGCCAAACAGCGCUACAAGGGAGGCACAGAGCUGCUCCAGCAACAUGAUGGCUCGGUGACGGCAGAGGUGAUGAUCUCCAUUCUGAGGGACAAGCCCAGUGGCAUCUGCAUGGAUUCUGGAGGUUUCUGUACCACAGGCAGCAUGGUGUCUGUCCUGCCCAGGGAUACCAGCCUGCCCUGCAUCCACUUGUUCACUGCCACCCCAGACCCCUCAAGGUCUGUAUUCAAGCCUUUUGUCUUCUCGGACUGUUGCACCCCAGUGCUGAGGGUGGUCUCUCCACAGUUCGGUGCAGACGACCCUGUCAGGAAGAAGCCACGCUUUCAGAGCCAGGUGGACAGAAGACAUGACCUGUACAAGGCCCACCAGGUGGCGCUCAACACCAUGGAGACCAAUCCGGAUGAGGGUCUAGCAAUCCAUGAGAUCCUGAGGGAGCUGGAGUCACAGUGUCUGAGUGAGAUUUCAGCCAUGCUGAACGGAGAGAUACCAGGAGAAGAACUGGGGGACUUGUUUUUCGAUUGCGUGGACACAGAAAUUAAGUUCUACCAGUGAGGAGCACCCUCAGGUGGAAAUCCCUAGCACUCGCAGUUGCAGGAGAGGGCCCUGGGACUGACAGAAACUGUGAUGGUUUCUCGUCUGAUGGGCCUCUGCCUCACUCACACAAAAACAUCUCUGACACCAUUCCAUCAUUAUCAAUGUCAAAACUGCACAUGUGAUUAAUCAUCUGUUUCACCCAGGGAGCAAUGGCUGCAUCUCAUUAGUGAGUGUAAUGAUGUAGACUGCACAGGCGCCCAUGUAGAGCUGUGUGGAGUUGCACAAAUACUGUGAAUACGGCUUUUUGUUGAACAUUUUGUUUGUUGUUGCAAAUAAAUGGGUUGUCAGUGGAUGGCUACCUGUAGAAUGGAUCUAAUAAAGAAUGUGCAUAGUC